GGCUACCAGUCGCGCGAGCCCCUCUCUUGUACUAACUUGUACUUGAAUUCUACUGCGGUUACUAGUAUGACAGACUUCAGUGCUGUUCCCCAAGCCAACGCCAUUUCUCAAGCUGCUCAGCUCGAGGUCCUCGACGCUAACGGAAAUUCAGUUCGAUUCGGGUCCUUGUUUGAAGACACCACCACCAUCGUUGUCUUCAUUCGUCACUUUUUUUGCGGCAGCUGCCAGGACUAUGUCGUGCAGCUGGCCUCCGUUCAGCCUGAGGUUCUGAAAGCUGGAAAGAAGGUCGUAGUCAUAGGUUGUGGUGACUGGCAACCGAUUCAAUUCUAUGCAGAGACGACAGGAUUCCAAGGUCCCAUAUUUGCCGACCCUACUCGAAAACUAUAUGUGACCCUUGGUAUGACUAUUGAAAAUCUCCAAGGAACACCAGCAGGGGAGAAGCGUCGUAGCUAUCUGCAACGCGGAGACAUCUCUAAUGCUCUUGCCAGCAUAUGGGUAUUCACACACGUCCUUGUUUC